CGCACAGCAAAAUUAAGACGGCGACUGGUUUGUCUACUGCAGUGGUCACUCGGCUCCUCAAAGAGUCACACCAUGAAGACGGUAGAGCUUGUUAUUCCGCUGAUCUUCUUUCCUGUCACACUUUCAGUGAAACACUCGCUGAAGUUUUUCUUCACAACGUCCUCUGGAGUCAAAAACUUCCCAGAUUUUGUGGUUGUUGGGGUGAUCAAUGAAGCUCCAACGGGUUACUGUGACAGCAUCAGUAAGAUACCAGGAGUCAAACAGGACUGGGCAAAGAAACUGAUAGAAGAUGAUCCACAACAUCUGGAGUGGUACACACAGCAGUGUUUGUCAACCCAAUAUGACCACAAAGCUGACAUUGACAUUUUGAAGCAGCAACUGAACCAAACUGAAGGUGUCCACAUCUUCCAGAAGAUGAGCGGCUGUGAAUGGGAUGAUGAGACUGGAGAGAUUAAUGGUUUUGGUCAGUUUGGUUAUGAUGGAGAAGACUUCUUAGCAUUUGACCUGAAGACACUAACAUGGAUCGCUCCAAAACCACAAGCUGUCAUUACUAAACUCAGGUGGGACGGAGAUAGAGUUCACAAUGAAUGGUGGAAAAACUUCCUCACCCAGCAUUGCCCUGAGUUAGUGAAGAGAUAUUUGGACUAUGGGAAGAGCUCUCUGCUGAGAACAGAGCUUCCCUCAGUGUCUCUCCUCCAGAAGACUCCCUCCUCUCCAGUCAGCUGCCACGCUACAGGUUUCUACCCUCACAGAGCCAUGAUGUUCUGGAGGAAAGAUGGAGAGGAGCUUCAUGAGGACGUGGAACAUGGAGAGAUCCUCCCCAACCACGAUGGAUCCUUCCAGAUGAGUGUUGACCUGAACCUUUCAUCAGUCACACCUGAAGACUGGAAGAAGUAUGAAUGUGUGUUUCAUCUCUCUGGUGUGAAGGACGACAUCGUCACCAAACUGCAUAAAACAGUGAUCAGAACCAACUGUGUUUCUCCCUCAGAGUCCCCUGCUGGUCCUGUUAUUGGAGGUGUUGUAGGACUGCUGCUGCUCCUGGCAGUCUGCAUCACUGGAGUCUUCAUCUGGAGAAGGAGAGAUAAUGGAUUCAGGCCUGCAAACUCUUCAGACUCGUCAUCCUCUGAUCCAUCUUCAGUCAGAGAUGCAGCUCUUAACUGAUCACAAUCAGAUUUAUGAGUUUCAGGUUAUCAGCAGAUGCUGCUGUCCAGCUGUUUCCUCAAACCUUUGGUGGAGAUGAAUCACUGCAGCAGCUACCAGACACCAAAGAGCCACAACGUUACUCCAGUGGGGCAUCUUUUGUCUUCAGAUAUCAAAUUCAUAUCAGUUAGUCAUG